AUGGCUGUCGACGCGGAGAAACGGCUUUCAAAUGAGGUGCCCGUGGAGGAGGGCCGACGAGGUUCGCUCGCGACAGGCACUGCAGAGGAUAUUCACAUCAUCACCGAACUGGGCUACAAGCCAGAAUUGGCCCGAAAUCGAUCCAUGUUGACAUUACUUUUCCAAUCGCUUGCCAUUGCUGCCAUUCCCUACGGUGAAGGUGCACCUCUCAUCAGUGCCAUCUAUGGAGGCGGCCCUCUGUCCAUAUUCGUGGGCUGGAUUGUUAUUCUCGUACUUGACGAAUGUGUUGCAUUGUCACUAGGCGAACUGGCCUCAAAAUACCCCACGUCAGCCGGCCCGUACUACUGGUCAUACCAAGUUGCAACCAAAGGGAAGACAGCACUCUCUUUCCUGACAGGAUGGACAUGGCUAAUCGGCAACUGGACCAUCACACUCUCUGUGAAUUUCGGAUUUGCCUCUCUCAUCGCUGGGACUGUGGCAAUGUACCAUCCGGACUGGGUAGCGAAAGAUUGGCAGCUGCUGUUGAUCUUCUACGCCAUCUGUUUGAUAACCCUGGUCAUCUGUGCGACAAUGAAUAGAAUCUUGCCGAUGGUGGACACUGUUUGCGCUGGUUGGACAGCUCUCAGCAUCAUUAUCAUCCUGAUUGCGCUCUCAGUGAAGGCGGACGCAGGCCGACACAGUGCUAGUUACGCCUUGGGCCACUAUGACAAGUCGUUCUCCGGCUGGGGAGGGUUUACCUUCUUCAUUGGUCUUCUGCCCGCUGCCUACACCUUUUCUGCCAUUGGGAUGAUCUCGGCAAUGGCCGAAGAAUGCUCGAACCCGGCAGUCAAGGUACCAAAGGCCAUCAGUCUCUGCGUGCCCGUUGGAGGUUUCGCGGGCCUGUUCUUCAUAUUGCCAAUCUGUUUCACUCUGCCACCUCUGGAGGACGUUAUCGCUGCGCCUUACGGACAAGCACUGCCAUACAUCUUCUACCGCGUGAUGGGUACACCCGGAGGUGGCUUGGGCCUUAUGUUCCUCAUCAUGGUCAUCACCCUUUUUUGCAGCAUAAGCAUCACGGUCGCCGCAUCACGCUGCACAUGGGCAUUUGCGCGAGAUGACGCUAUUCCCUUGUCCCGGGUAUGGGCAAAGGUGAAUGAAGGCCUCGGCGUACCAUUCAACGCCCUCGUCCUCACCACCGUGGUGCAGAUGCUGCUCGGACUGAUCUACCUGGGUUCCUCGUCGGCAUUCACGGCUUUCGUGUCGGUCGGAGUGAUCGCCUUGGCGCUUUCAUAUGCGAUUCCGAUUGCCAUCAGCCUUUUGCAUCACCGACGUGAGGUGUCGACUGCUCGUUGGAACUGUGGUCCUGUCAUCGGGCCAAUUGUUAAUUGCGUGGCUCUUGGCUGGAUCGCGUUCGAAUUGGUCCUGUUCAGCAUGCCUACAGCACUACCCGUGACGGAAGUGACUAUGAAUUAUGCCAGUGUUGUAUUGGUCGGUUUCCUCGCCAUCGCAGCGUUCUGGUAUGCAGUUCACGCACGCAAGGUUUACACAGGUCCUCCGGAGUCGGAUGGUAUUGCUGCAUGA